AAGUAAUUUCCAACAGAUGAGGCAAGUUACACAACCGGAGGAAAUUUACCUACUAAAAUCCAAAAUAAAGGAGUCGAAAGUUUCUUGUUCUCCAGCAUUUGCACCACUUCCGAUGGCAUCCUUAACAAGUUCAUCUGCCAAACCUUCAGUACCAUUACCUCUUGGUAAAUCUGCUACAAAAUUAACACCCUUAGACUCCAAUCAACUUCCAGUUGUUGCCACUACCCCUUUGUUCGAUUGUCCGAAAGGAAUUAGUGAACUUCAUUGGGAAGAGCGAUAUUAUCACUUGCAGAUGCUACUGAAAAAGUUGGACCAAUCCAAUCUAGAGGAUUAUACCCAGAUGCUUCGAUGUUUUUCUGCAGUCAAACUCAGCAGACAUGCUGUUGAGCUGGAAAAAAGAUCAAUUCAGCUCUCACUGGAGGAAGCGAAGGAGUUGCAGCGUGUCUCCAUUUUAAACGCCCUCGGGAAAACUACGAAAAUGGCUCCAGCACCCAUCACUCAAACAGAUCAGUCAUGCAAAUGAAAGGGGAUCAAACUA